AUGGGAAACCCCCGAAACCUCCGAAGAACUUCUUCUCAAGAGGAGGACGAAGGUGACGUCUUCGAUGAGAAGUCGGACAUCAGCUCCGGCAGCGAAACAGAAGAAGAAGCUCCAGCAGACGCGGUCCCGUCCGGUGGCCCUACAGACACUACAGCAGCAACAGCAGGAGCAGGGGAUGCAGCAGCUCCUCCUGCUUCCUCUUCUAACAAGGACGAUGCUCAUGAUCCCAGUCAGGGCCCCUCAGCAGCGGCCAGCAACGCCCAGGCGUCCAGUGAACCCACGAGGGAAGCAGAAAAUGAAGUGCAAAGAGAGACGGAACAAGCAAAUGAUGAGGGCGCCAGACACCGCAGAAGCGCAGCAGCAGCAGAGGGCACCAGGCAGCGCCCCAAGUCGACCUGGCAGUUGAUGCAAGAAGAUCCUUCCUACGUGCCUCGGGCUACUCGUUACUUUCUGCAUGACGAUCGGCGGGAAGGCGACAGUGGGGAGUCGGAUGGGUCUGAGGAGGGUUCAGGCAGUCAGCCCGACGACUCAGUACCGCAGAGCACUCAAACGCGAGUAGGCACCAGCAAGAAGCUGUGGACUCCAGACGAAAACAAAGGCAUGUGGAAGCACGACAUGUGGGAACUUCUGCAGAAAGAGGAGGCGGGAGAAAGGCCCCCAGGCGGCGGCUGGACAAGGGGAAGGCAGUUUGGCGAGGAGGCCGUGGAGAAGCCUGGGUGCCUCGAGGCUCUAGAGGGGAGAGGUAAGGGGGAAGCGUGCAACUUCGUUCUUCCCCUUGUGCUACGCUUUCAGAUGCUGCAGCGGGUGUGGUUGAUGCGGACUAACGCUAAGGGCGGGGAGGCUGGAGGCCUUCGCGGGGCCGCGGGCGAGGCCAGAACUGGGGCGGCGAUCAGCGGAAGCAUUACGUACCCAAGCAGGCACCGAAACAAACUGCAGAGGCAGCUUGAGAGGCGCCGGUGCGCGUCAGUGGUAGCCCUGAUGGCUUCAACUCCCCAUUGCAGUCCAAAGGAAAUAUUUUUAGUGUAG